GCAUAUUUUUCUUUUAAUUCUGUGUACGUCCGCAGCAUCCCAUUAGUCAUAUUCUGCAUCUUUUAUACAUGUAUGUACAUUGUAUUUUUUCUAUUUUAGUUGUAUUUUGCAUGUUACGCAAGUGCUUUUAUAAAUACUCUUUCAAAUUUAUAAAUGUAGAUCGAUAUCGAAAGUUCAAAAAUCAACUCGAGUUCCCGAUGACUUAAUCACGAUAAAAUUUGUGAUACCAAUAUUUCUUAUGCUCGGGACUAUGACCGCUAGAAGAGAACCGUGUAAAAUCGCCUUUACCGGGAAGAAGCGCCGACGAAGUGGUUACGCAGACGGGAGUUCCCUUACAACCGCGUUACCCGAAGAAGGCAACCGGGAGGUGCACAGCGAAAAAGAGAAUGAGGCUGAGAGAGAGAGAGAGAGAGAGAGAGAGAGAGAGAGAGAGAGAGAGAGAGAGAGAGAGACAGGAAGAGAAAAACGAUCGCGAAAGUCGACGGCAAGAGAACGAACUAUCGACAAAGACGGGCAGAAACAAAGACGAAGGGACGGCGAGAUGUGCUCUUAGGCCGCGAGGCAUACUCAUUAGAAAUAAUAAUUGCCGGGAGACGCGGAUAAUGAAUGUUGCCGCCGCGUAGUUCGACAUUCGCUGCCGUUAACGGGGAAGUAACUUAACUACGACGGACAACCGGCAAUUAGGUAAACGGAAUAUAUACUCGGCUUGCGCGCUGAUAACGACGUCGUCAGUCGUCCUCGUCGUCGCCAAUCGCGGAGAUUCGUUUCCAUUCUCUCGACCGGCUGGCAUCACAGCUGCUAUCCAGUCUACUGGAUGAAACCAUUCGAGACUGGGACCCGUAUCCGAUCCAAUGUCGCGAUCAGCGUUAGUUAAUAGACUGUAAAUUAGUCGUUAUUGAACCGUUACAAUCAUGGCCCACGCAGACGUCUCUAUGUCCCUAUGCUGUAGCAAAUAUUAUGAUAUUUGAACAGCGAAAACGAGGAUUGGUUAAAAUACAGCUGUAGCUUCAUUAACAUUGAAGACAUUGCUUGCAAGCAAUUGCGUCAGUUAACGCAAUUGCGCGACAUCCGCGCGAGACGUUCAAGUUCGUUAACGACAGAUACAACGCGUCAUUUUGUCGCACCCUCUUGUGCUGCAAUUCUAAUUUCAACAAGAACAUUUGGUACAGAGGUUUAGAGUUAUCAUUGAGGAGAAACUUUACGACUCUCUUUUUGAGAGAAUCUGAACCAAGGUCUUAAGCUGAGUUACAAAGUGUUUGCCCUGCUAAAAAACAUUUACAAGUUUACAGUCAUAACCAGUUUUCUUCGCCACAGACAACUCUUAAGCAACAAUUGUCAUGACAUUCUUGGUCCCGAUUGUGAAACUCAUCAAAGGUGUCGAGUAUACUAUGGCGAAAUACGACUUGCAGCUCUUAUAUACGCCCUAAAAUCUUAGGAAAUCCUAACGUAUACAUCCAUGAAUUAAUAUCCUUAAAAGAUUUAAACUCAAUUAAACUAGGAAGAUGCAACGACGGAAACAAUAUUUCAUUAGCUUUCCUUUCAAUCUUACAUGAUAAUUACUCGCAAUUGCCAGAAUUGCCAAGAGAGACAGAUAAAGUCCAUGGAUGAAACAUGGAGAAAAAAUAUCAUGAUAAAUAAUAAAUUUCAACCCAAAUUUUUCACGAAUUUAAAGGAACUGUUUCAGUAAACGUACAUCUUCAAGUAAUGGCAAAAUGGUCGAUUUAACGAAAUAAGUAGCGCGUUCUUAAUUAUAUCGAAGAACAACAUUGUUAAUGAUAGCAUCGUGUGAUAACAACGACAAUACAAACGCAAGAAAGGAAGUCCUCCCCGGCAAAGAGACACGGAGGAACGUAGAAACGCAGCCUUUAAAGAGCUGAGAGGCGCUCGGGGAGGAACAGGGGGAACAGGUUCCCGGCAUGGUUACCGCGUAUUCACCGAGCUGAAAACCUUGGGCCCCAUCUGGAGCGACAAAGAGAGCAGACUGCUAGCCGAGAGCGAAAACAGAAAAGAGAAAGAGAAAGAGACGGAAAAGGGGGAGAAUAGGGGGACCGAAGCAUAUUUGCUCAUCUCGCUCCAGUCGAGAUGCUGUGGUCGCUUCUCGCGGACACACGAUACAGGUCGAGAAAGCAAAGGUGAGUUCACACGAUGCGUAUACAGGGGCUCACGGACUUAGCAGAAGGACUCUCUCACGCGCGAACCCUAUGGGCCCUUGGUCCUUGAACUCAUCGCGACCGCUGGUCGCGAAAACGGUACCUUUUUAUUGGCAUGCCGCGCCAGCUUGGCAUGCUGUUACCAGCUUCUGCCGAGAUUCCGCGCGAUUUCGCCAGCAAGUAUCUCACUAACGCGGGUUGGAAGCUGCCCCCUUCCAAGAUUCAAAGAGGAACUCGUCGAUACGAAAUGAAGAUACGCACGCAAGAGUGAGAAAACGUCCCAUAAAAGUGGAAAAAGUGCAAACGCAGUAAAGCACUCUCUCUCAAUGCUCUUCUUCUUCCCUUCCUCUCUUUCUUUCUUAGAAUUAAUUUAGAAUUUAUUAACAACGUGACUUUAUCCUAUAAGCAUAUAUUAGAUAGAAAACUAUAACUUUUUUAAAGUAGACAUAAUAACGUUACUUUAAUGCAUAAAAGAGAGGAAGGAGGAGCAACUCGGAAAGGAAACUUCUUCGCGCGAUGAAUUAAUUUGCGCCUUGCUAAAUUUCUCAGCGAUCUCCGGGAAGGAAGCGCAGGAAGACAGAUUAUUUCGGAACGGCAGGAAGUGACUAUCGUGCUAGUGCGGCGAAUGCAACUUUGUCGCAGCUGCAUUUCCACGAUUUAUACUAACAUGUAUCAUUCGCAACAGUUUCACUCGCAUCAAGUAUGCAAAUUUUCCGCCACCAGAUUUAUUUUAACGGUAUUCUUUGUUCGCCGCUGAAAUUUUCACCGCUGUCAAAAUUAAGAUUCAUGCGCAUUCCGGGAUCCGAAAAUGUAUGCUGGAAAAUGCACCACUGAAAUAGACAUUUACAUAAAUCUGUUCGUGAUUUUCAUAAAGUGUAUUUCGAAGCGUAUUCAUACAGGAACAAAUCAUAUAACGAGUUCCUGCAGAAUCUUCGCGUGAAAUAAUAUAUCGAGACCACCCCAUGCUAACCAUGCGCACGGCAAAAAUGCCAACGUGAAAAUUUGGGGAUGCGUCGGAUUUCGCAAAGGUGCGUACAGUGUACGCACCUGGCGCUCCCUCCACGCAGUAGGCAGUACCCUUCUCUCCCCUCCGCCGAGCAAGGCUCCUGAACGCAAGAUGGCGGUAGUGGUGGGGCCCCGAGCGAGACCCUUCGUCAUCCGAGUCAGUUGUUUCGCGGGCCCCGUCAGCGUGUUACGUAGCGUGUAGACUUCCGUGAGGUUUGGGAGGCUCGUGUUCGCGUUUACGAGCGAAAGAGAGGACGCGUUAAGGGAGACCGCUUCGUCCGUUGCGGUUUCACCCCGUUUUUAUCUAUCCAAAUUCCCAAAAUUUCUCCACGCGAACGAGGAAGCGCGAACGAGCGUCGACAAGAAGAAGACGACGAUCGCGAGGUGUGAUCGCUCGAGCAAACCGAUCUCACGGGAGAAAAGACGACUGCCAAUUCCGGAGCGAAUCGGCGCGUCGCUCGUGCGCGCAGCUUCGGGCCCCCGGGGUGCCGGACGCAGGCCCGAAUUCGGACACAGUGCAGUGGUGCUAGUAGUAGUUGCGAGCUGCAACGACGAGUGACAACGACAGAGGCGGUUGCCCCCUCGUUCCCUCUUAGGGUGGAAAAUCAACGUAGCGUCACGCAAGCAGAAGAAGAUUAAACAAAAAUGGCAGUGUUUGGCUUGGUGUCGUCGGUCGCGGGCUUCGUCAAGGUGCGAUACCUGAUCGACAAGGCCGUCAUCGACAAUAUGAUCUUCAGGGCGCACUACAGGAUCACGUCGGCCAUCAUGUUCCUCUGUUGCGUCAUUGUGUCUGCCAAUAACUUGAUAGGUGACCCCAUCAACUGCGUAUCUGAUGGUGCAGUAUCCGGUCAUGUGAUCAACACGUUCUGCUGGAUCACGUACACGUUCACGUUGCCCGAGAAUAACUUGAAGCCUGUGGGAACCCACGUGGCCCACCCGGGCCUAGGUGGUGAUUAUGGCGACAGGAGGUUCCACUCGUACUAUCAGUGGGUGCCGUUCAUGUUGUUCUUCCAAGGUGUGCUAUUCUACAUACCUCACUGGAUGUGGAAACAGUGGGAAGAGGGUAAGAUCAGGAUGAUAUCCGAGGGUAUGAGAGGCGCGACAAUGGAGUCCAAGGCGGAACGUCAGGCCAAGACCGAAAGGCUGGUCCAGUACGUCAUCGAGACUCUGCAUCUGCACAACAGCUACGCCGCUGGAUAUUUCUUCUGCGAGAUCCUCAACUUUAUUAACGUCAUCGGCAACAUAUUCUUCGUGGACACGUUCUUGGGCGGUGCAUUCCUCACGUAUGGCACCGAUGUGCUGAAGUUCUCCAACAUGAAUCAGGAGGAGCGUAGUGACCCGAUGAUCGAGGUAUUCCCACGUGUCACCAAGUGUACUUUCCACAAAUUCGGUGCUUCCGGCACGAUCCAGAAACUGGACGCACUCUGCGUACUUGCGCUCAACAUCCUCAACGAGAAAAUCUAUAUAUUCCUGUGGUUCUGGCUCAUCGUGCUCGCGGUUUUAUCCGGCUUGGCGGUGCUCUACAGUAUGGCGGUGGUAUUGAUGCCCAGUUCGCGCGAGGCCAUCCUCAAGAAGCGCUUCAAGUUCGGUACGCCAACUGCGGUUAGCGCGCUCAUCCGGAAAACUCAGGUUGGCGAUUUCCUGCUGCUUCACCUGCUCGGUCAGAACCUGAACAUCAUGGUGUUCAACGAGGUGCUGGAGGAGCUGUGUCGCCGUCUGCAAUUCGGCAGUAGUAGCGGUGCAUCACCUACGUCUGUGCCAUCGGCGCCUAGCACUCUUGAGAUGCCGAUAUAUCCGGAGAUCGAGAAAUACGUCAAGGACACCGAGAUCUAAGGCACCCGCGUCGACGUUACGCGACUCAUCUUCCCUCCACUGCUCCCUAGUACCCCUUUUUUGUUCGUAUUGUGAUAAUACCGAGGACGGUUUUGUGAUACCGUUGCUUCGGUGCCGAUGAGAUGAGACAGACAGAAAGAGAAAGAAAGAGAGACGGGUUCGUGCCGCGUCGUCGGACAUCUUACCGCUCGUGCGAUCGUAAAAGCGUGCUUGGGAAUUCCGUGGCCUCCAUGUGAUCACGCGACGCUCAUAAAAACGUAAACUCGGACCCGGCGUAAGAAGACUUCAAGACGUCUCUUCUCGUCAACCAUAGCGCUUGUUCAUUACCGCGCACGCGCUCAUAAAGCUGAUCCUUGACAUCCGUUUACAUCUCUUUCGUUACGACGAGACCUGCAAUCGAUUGAAGAGGCGCCAUGCGCGAGAUGAAUCUGCGAAACGGAUACGCAAGUCGGACAACGACGCUCCUCGCUUCGCUGACCGUACUUCCGUUCUGACAUCAUUGUAUGAACCGUUUCUCGCUUCUUCAAGUUUCAUUUGCAUCGCGUUGCACCUGCAAAGUACAUUAUGUGCCGCGACACGAAUUAUCUUGUUCCUUGAGAGACUCCUUCGUUCAAUGUUACCACGAGAUUUUCAUUUGACGCUAUCGUUAACAGUUGCAUAGUUAUGGAAUCUGAAUUUGAACGCGAGACAUGCCGCGAGCAAAUAAUAGCUUCGUCACAUUCUCGUUCUUCAACAAUCGUUAAAAAAUCGUUUGUUUGUCGUCAAGCCAAAGUUGCAACGGGAAUUAACUUCGGCCACUUUAACGUUAUUUUUUACCGAUUGCCAUUACGGAUUUCCAUUAUAUUGCCCAUUUUCUUCUUAGUAUUUCCGCUUGAGCGACGUAGCGCGGACCCGGUAGCGAAGAUCGGAACGAGCGUUGCGUUUCGACAUGCCUCAGUCCGUUCAGCGAUCAGGAAAAGCGAACGAGACACCUUGGUAUUCUGCACCGACUGCAGCGGCACGAACCGAUAUUAGAUUAUCGAAUGUAAUAAUGUAAGCGAUAACACGCGAUGUUUUCGAUAAGAUGUGAUCGCGUGCACGUAUGAUCGCUCAUGUUUCAUUGAGUUGCGACAGGUUCCCAUUCAAUCUUUCAUGAUCGCAUCCGUUUCAUUGCGAAGUAGAGAAAUCACUUUAGUUACGUCAAUCCUUAGUCGAUAAUUACAUAUAUCAUCGCCGAUAUUAUGUGGCGAUCACUUAAGAGUAACGUGAGAUGAUCACACGUGACAAUGCGAAUUGAUAAUUGUUUACGUCACGAACACAACAUUCCUUUCACAUUACCGUAAAUCUUCAAGGAGAGAAAGAAAUACAAGUAUCGAAAGUACUGUAGCUAAUACUGUGGCCGCGAUUUGCGACACGUAGUUCCGCAGAACUGCUUUGCGUUGCCGAGGAAACGUGGCAAUGUUUCACGCGAAACGAACGCUCACAGAAGAUUGUGUUCAGCUAUUCGCCAUAACGUGAGAAAUGCGUAUCAGUAGAUCUCCAUCAAGAUCGACCUUAUCGCGAUCGUGAUAGAGAUCCGAGAAUACGUAGAUCGAAAAUCCUGCUCAAUAAGAAAUCCUUCUCCUGUUAUGCUAUCUGCGAUAUAACGUUCAUUGAUGUUUUUGCGCAAAAAGCACUUGAGGAUUAAUGCGUGAACGAGCGCAGGUGAAUUACGCGUGUCGCAGAUGGAAUACCAUCGCGCGAUUAUCAUGAUGAGGAUAUCGUGAAAGCACCAUGUAUUACUGUACACCAUGUGGAACCAUUAUACUGCCUAGUAGUCUAAUAGACUAGAUAGUACGUUUAAUAGUCCGGCCGGCGGAAGGAGAGAAAACGGACAUCGUCUCAUUCUUUUCCAUUUUCUAUUUUUUUCUUUUUAGAGAUAUUUCUGCGCGAUUGCUGCGAUGAUUGGUGAGUUAAGAAGACAUAUUAGUAAUUUAUAAUAUAGCGUGCGAUUCCUAACGUAACAUACGAGAAGAAAAAGUUCCGCAAGAAACGCAUAAGUGGGGUUCCUCUAUAAUUACAACUCACGGUACUCAUGGUAGGAAGACAGAGAUCCACAUAUAUCAUUCCUAAUGAUUAUCAUUAAGUAGUUCAUUACUCAUUGCAUUAACUCUAAUUAGGACCACGGUGUAAUAUGUUUACGAAAGAACGGUGCACUAUUUCUGAGUAUUACAAUAUGACGCAUUUCUAUAUCUCGUAUAUAUAAUAUAUAAACUUCGCGCGAUUAAUUAUUACGUAUAAUUCACCUUCCCGUUAACAGGGACAAUGGAAACUUUCCCGCGAUGCUCGAACAACGUUCCCUCGUCCUGCGUUCUCUCGUCCGCGAGGACGAUAUGUUGUAUAAGCGCUGCCGCAACAAAUAACUACUAUGUGUAACAGCGAUAGUGUAACGCUACACGAGCUCUUUUCUUUACGGUAUCCGCAACUCAUUAGAUCACGCAUUACCGCGCUCCGAGUGAUAUAUCUUAAAGUAGACGUUUAAGAUGAACGAACGAGAGCGAGAAAGAGAGAGAGAAAGAGAGACAGAGCGAAAGAUCAAUGAUAGAUAUAAUUCGUUGUUCGCAAUGUGCCUUCUAUAUAUAUAUAUUAUAUAUAUAUAUAGGAUAUAGGAAAAAGAAAAAUAUACGUUAGUAUAAGUAUAAGUGUAUUCUUUAGGUGGAGCGACACGCUCCUCUCCUGACUCGCGUUUGACACGAGAGGAAGACUGCCAAUAUGUGCAACGUCGUUAUAGCGAUUAGUGUGCGACAGCGAGAGAAAAAUAAUAGAGAAUAAACGAAAUUCUUUCCAAC